AUGCCGGACUGGCAGCUCUCAGAGGACCCCGAGAACCCCAGCUAUCGAAGCUCGCGACAGCAGCCCUCACGAGCCCAGGAUGAACGCGACGGCAGCCAGACGGCCCCUCGGGCCCCUCAAGACCCUGCUGCGCCAGAACCGACAGCACCGGGCCCUCCUCUGCCGCACAAUGGCCACCGAGACCACGCCGACCACGAGCACUGCCGCCGUACCACCGGCCAUCGUAGCAGCAGCCCGCAAACCGCACAAGUUCCUGCUGACCCGGUCCUCGCUCGCGCCAUCACAGACGUCAUCCCCUCCAAGAACCCACAGAAGCCCGUCCGCACCGCCUUCGCCGUGUACGGGCCGCCGCCGUCGGCGCGGGCGGCGAACCCGGCGGCGCUGGUGGCGUACCACGCGCAGCAGGUGCGGCGGCUGGACCGGACGGGGGCGCGGACGGCGCUGUUCGCGCGGGACAACAAGGACGCGGCCAAGGUGGGCGACGUGCUGCAGGUGACGACGGCGCGCGGGGAGCCGUUCGCGGGCGUGUGCCUGGCGAUCCGGCGCGCGGGCGUCGACACGGCCGUGCUGCUGCGCAACACGCUGUACAAGACGGGCACCGAGAUGUGGCACAAGAUCUACAGCCCCGGCGUGCUCGGCAUCGAGAUCGUCUGGCGCCGCCCCAAGCGCGCCCGCCGCGCCAAGCUCACCUACAUGCGCCAGCCCAAGCACGACAUGGGCAGCGUCGAGCACCUAGUCGACGCCUGGCGCCGCUCCCGCAACGUCUUCAGCAGCAAGGGCGGCAAGGGCCAGUCGGGCAGCACGGGCCGCCCGGGCAAGAGGCAGAACAAGAGGUAG